GCAGCGGCAGCAGUAGGCGCCGGGACCCCCGCAGUGCGCAGCAGGUGCGGCCGGAGGGACGGGACUCCCGGACUCCCGAGAACAGCCACUCUGCACAGCCACACACAAUGGGGAGGAAAAAAAUCCAGAUCUCACGAAUUCUAGACCAAAGGAACAGGCAGGUGACGUUCACCAAGCGCAAGUUCGGGCUGAUGAAGAAGGCUUACGAGCUGAGCGUGCUUUGUGACUGCGACAUCGCGCUGAUCAUCUUCAACAGCGCGCAGCGCCUCUUCCAGUACGCGAGCAGCGACAUGGACCGGGUGCUGCUCAAAUACACUGAGUACAGCGAGCCGCACGAAAGCCGCACGAAUGCGGACAUUCUGCAGACACUGAAGAGAAGGGGCGUGGGCCUUGAUGGGCCUGAGCUGGAGAUGGAGGAGGGGCCAGAGGAGAAGCUGCUGAGGACGCUGGGCAGCCACCGGGGCUCCCCCUCGCCGCUGCCUCGGAUCUAUCCCGUGGCCCCUGCGAUGUCGGUCUCAGAGCUGUCAUACCGGGUCCCACCGGCCGCCCCGGGCUGUGACCCUGGUGAGCUAGGGGAGGCCCCGUCUGCCCACAGCCGCCCGCCUCACUUUCGACCCCCGGGCCUGGGACACCCCAUCUUCUCUCCAAGCCAUUUCGCGGGAAAGACGCCCCCACCCCUGUACCUAGCGACUGAUGGACGGAGGCCAGAUCUGCCCCCGGGCCUGGUUGGGACCCGAGGGGGACUAGGCACCUCGUUCUUCCUUGCUGUCCUGCAGAGGAGUCUGUACGGCGGCCUGCAGAGCCCAGGCGCCGCCCCGGGCCCGGCUCUGGGUAGCUUUGCCUUCCUGCCAGCAGGCUCCUCAGAGUGCAGCCCCGGAGACACCGCUCAGCUCCCGCUGCCCCCCUCGCCCUGGCCACCGACGAGGGACGCCGCGGAUCCCGCCCGGCCAGCUGCCCGCAGCCUAUGUGAGGAGGGUCCUCCUAGCCGAGUGGCCUCCCCUCCGACGCCUCCAGUCAGCAUCAAGUCCGAGCGUCUGUCUCCAGCCACUGGGGCCUCUGGUGACUUCCCCAGGCCCUACCCCUACCCAUUGCUCCUUGCUAGGCCCUUGGCAGAGCCAUUGCGGCCCACGGCCUCCCUGCGCCGCCUGACCCCUGACGGCUGGCCGCGGUAGCGCCCCAGGGGUCUUCUCCAGCCUCCACGGAGAUCCCGCAGUCUUGGGUUCCCUGCACAACCAGGAGGGCGAGGGCACCAGUGUGCAGCACUGUGAGAUCCCUUCCUGGGGGCCACUGCAGUCAAUAAAGCCCAAGGAUCCGGGGUGGGGCUCUGGCCCGGGUAGCCG